AUGAAGGGCCUAAAGACCAUCAAGAAGUACGGACUGCAGCGUGCAGCAGACAAGUUUAAACUGAAUCUCAAAGACAAACGCCUCUACGGUGGAGUGUCGCACAGAGGCAAAUACCGUCAGUCUGGCCUACAGGAGGCCGCCCUUCGCGCUGCUGGAGCACUGCAAGCAGGAGGCCCUUCUCUUGGGAGUGCUGCAGCAGGAGGCCUUCCUGAUGUAGAACCACCUCUUGCAGCAGGGCCUGCCGGUGCAGCCGUCCAUACCGCAGCGUCCUCUGCUGCCCAGGCAUCUGCUGCUUUAGCGUCUACUAGUGCAGCAGCUCCUGUGGAAUCAGUUCUUGUUAGAGGUAAUGAGUCUUCGAGCGGCAUGGGGAGCGUCUUUGCGGUUGCUUCCCCGUAG